GUGCAUGUGGAACUGUCCGUACUAAUUCAGCUAAGUUCCCUAAGGAAUUAAAAGUAGGAAAAACUCUAUCAUUAGAUUGGAACACACUUUCUGGCAAGGUGAUAAAUGAUGUUUUAGUUACUUUAUGGAUUGACAAUGGGCCAGUAACAAUGCUUACCACUAUUCAUAAAAUUAAUGGUGACGAAUGGAAAGUUAUUUGUAAUCGAAGACGCCCAAGAGAAACUAGCUCUAAUGCUAAUAUGGUAUAUCAAGUUUUUGGUAAUGCCUCUAGAAAAGAAUUGGCAAUUCCAAAAAUAAUUGAUGAUUAUAAUCACUAUAUGGGAGGUGUUGAUAUUGCUGACCAACUAAGAGGCUAUUACAACUGUCAAUUAACUGUUCGUCGUACCUGUACUCUGAAUGAUAUCAAUAGAGUUGAAACCAGAAAUCAAUCUUCUGCUGCUCAGGAUCAGACACAAUUAAAACUUGCUUAUGUUACCAAAAAUUUUGAGUUGCCUGUUUCCCGUUUAUUACCUGGAGAACAUUUUCCAGAAUGGAGAGAAAAGAGAGCA